AUGGCGCUCCAGUAUAAAAUGAGCAAAUUCAGAGAGUGCAGUGUCAGUGUGUAUUCUGAAACUGAAGAAAAAAUUGAAAGGAAGAAAUCGAAAUCCGUCGCCAUGAUUCUGUUUGGCAUCAACACCAUUCCUUUAAUCAACGCAAUGUUAGUCCUGGUUCAAUUCGCUCUGAAAGCCGACCUGAAUUGCACGCCGGGAAUGGUCUCCCUGAUCUCCACCCCAACUUCCGAUCGCUUCACCGCCGCUCUCCGUCUUGCUCCUCCAUUCUUCAUCUACUACCCCCUCAAUCGCUACUUCAGAUGCACCAUUUACGCCGACGCCUUCUACCGCAUUCUCUUCAAUAUGCUCUGCCGCGGUUAUUCCAGAAUGGUCCUCGAUUACGACGAACGCAUCAAUGAAGAUCGCAUCCUCCUUGUCUUUCGUAGUUUGAUGCGUGAUGCGGAGGAGCCAUUGACUUCUGGAUUGGUAGUGUUACCCCACGAAAAUCAGGUGGUGGCCGAAAUUGACUACAGAUAUUUUUUCUCAAUUGAUUCAGAAAAGUUCGCACACAUUGUAACGGAAUUACAUUUUUUCUACGAUACAAUUCAUGUUACUAUGACAGAUUCACAAGUCAAAUUCGCUCUUGGUGCUAUCGAAAUUGUUCUUACCAAAGAGGAAAAUGAAUGCAUAAUUGGAAGGAUUGGGGAAGAAGAAGAAACUCAUUUCGAAAUCUAUGUGAAUCCAAAAAAAUUUUUCUAUCUUUUGCCAGCUCGCUCGAAGAGGGUAUGGUUUUUCAAGUCACUUGAAUAUUCAACUGGCAGCGUGGGUACUAUAAUCGCUGCCCCUAUUGGACUGUAUGCUCAAAUGUGGGUAUUUUUCCCCCAUGAAACCCCUCAAAAUUAG